GGCGCGAGCCGCAUGAAUGAGAGAAACGUGCCCCGCGCGAGAUGUCGCGCGCGCCCGGGACAGGGAGCCAAUGAGAACGCUGGGAGGGCUCGAGACCCGGCACUGAGGGCAGCGGCCGCGCGCCGGCUCGAAGACGAGCGACGCCGGGCGGGAGCGCGCGGAGCGGGGCGGGCGUGGAGCGUGCGGGGGCCGCGCGCUGCCUCUCAGAGGCCGGACGGCGCUGCUGAGAGGCGGCGGCGACUACGACGGCAGCGGUAACGGGAACCGUGCCGGGGGAAUCUGUUAUGGGACAGGGCAGAAAGUGUUUUACCCACUUGGCCGCAUGAAAACAUUGAAAUGAGAAGUAAGAAAGUGACAACGUUAUGAAAGGUGAGGCACUGUAACACAGCUGAACUCUGCAUCCAGAAAGCCCAAGAUUGAAGAAGAAAGAUCAGAGACAUUGACUGACCUGGAAACAGGGACCUCUUUGGAACUUUGCUUUCAUCCGCAGUGGCUUUUAAAAGUAUCAUCGAGUGGAAUUGAUUUCUUCAUCUUAUUUUGCUUAUUGGGAAGAACAUGGCUUCAGGGAUUUUAUGUUUCCCUUUAGUUUUGCAUGAACUCCAUAGGAAAAGGAGCCCUUAAAGGGUUUGGGAAUAACAAGAGACUGAAGACAGGCAAGCUUGCGUGUGCUCUCUCUCUCUCUCUGUUUUCCCUCCCGCUUCAAAGAAAAGGAUUUACAACUCAACCUUGUAACAGCUGCUGCCCAGCUUUAACCAUCAAGAGAAAGUAAAUAAAAUUAAACCACCAUUGCCAGACUACAAGCCCUGAAGUCAAGGUGUGGGAGUGGUGGCAUUGAGAAAACUGCCUGAAAGGGACAAAGACUGCAGUAAAAACGGCUUCUCCUUAAAGCUGGAAGGGGCACCAGUUUCCUUCUUGGAUUGAAAUAGAAACACCUCCUUUAGGUGCCGCUCACAUUUUGUGGAAGUGUGGUAGUCGUGGAGGUUCUGUAGUAUCUCCUCCGAAGAAUUUUUCCUUGCUUGGAGUGUUCCGUCCUACCCUGAUAUCCUCCCCUUCUUUCCUUUUGAAGACUCUCCUCCCUCCAUGAGCUGUUCCUUGAUCUGUCUGACUGCCCAUGUUCUCUACCUGCAGCCAUUUUCAUGUGUACGGCCUACUGUUUGUCUCCAGUUUUUAAACUGUACAAGUUGUGGUUCUUAAUCUCUCCUUCUGCCUUGUUCUGGGGAGGUAGUUAUUCAUCAUUUGGAAUCACCUUUCCCCCUCCCAUGUGCUUUCCUUCAUUUGAGAUCUUUUGACCUUUGGUUUUAUUUGGGAGGGGGAAGGGUGAUAAUUCUAAAUUUUCUGCUUCCCUGGUUUCCUUCUGUACUCUUCUGGCCGUUGUCUCCCUCAUCCCAUUUUCUUGUCUGUUCUGCCGCUGUGUGGGCCUGGGCUAUGCGGCAGGGCAGAUCUUCCAUCAGAGCUCCAACAUGCCCGCGGAGUCUGGAAAGAGAUUCAAACCCAGCAAGUAUGUUCCAGUCUCGGCAGCCGCCAUCUUCUUAGUGGGAGCUACGACCCUCUUCUUUGCCUUUACCUGUCCAGGACUAAGCCUCUACGUGUCACCUGCAGUGCCCAUCUACAAUGCGAUUGUUUUUCUCUUUGUGCUGGCCAACUUCAGCAUGGCCACCUUCAUGGACCCAGGGAUUUUCCCUCGAGCUGAAGAGGAUGAAGACAAGGAAGAUGACUUCAGAGCUCCCCUUUACAAAACAGUGGAGAUCAAGGGCAUCCAGGUGCGCAUGAAAUGGUGUGCCACCUGCCGCUUCUACCGUCCUCCUCGAUGUUCCCACUGCAGCGUCUGUGACAACUGUGUGGAGGAAUUUGAUCAUCACUGCCCCUGGGUGAACAACUGUAUUGGUCGCCGGAACUACCGUUAUUUCUUCCUCUUCCUCCUUUCCCUGACAGCCCACAUUAUGGGUGUGUUUGGCUUUGGCCUCCUUUAUGUCCUCUACCACAUGGAGGAACUCUCAGGGGUCCGCACGGCUGUCACAAUGGCAGUGAUGUGUGUGGCUGGCUUAUUCUUCAUCCCAGUAGCUGGCCUCACGGGAUUUCACGUGGUGCUGGUGGCUAGGGGACGCACAACCAAUGAACAGGUUACGGGUAAAUUCCGGGGAGGUGUGAACCCCUUCACUAAUGGCUGCUGUAACAAUGUCAGCCGUGUACUCUGCAGUUCCCCAGCACCCAGGUAUUUGGGGAGACCAAAGAAAGAGAAGACAGUUGUAAUCAGACCACCCUUCCUUCGGCCAGAAGUGUCAGAUGGGCAGAUAACUGUGAAGAUCAUGGACAAUGGCAUCCAGGGAGAGCUGAGGAGAACUAAGUCUAAAGGAAGCUUGGAGAUAACAGAAAGCCAGUCUGCAGAUGCUGAACCUCCACCCCCUCCUAAGCCGGACCUGAGCCGUUACGCGGGGCUACGGACACACCUCAGCCUGGCUACUAAUGAGGAGAGCAGCCUCUUGGGCAAGGACAGCCCCCCAACCCCUACCAUGUACAAGUACCGGCCGGGCUACAGUAGCAGCAGUACAUCAGCCGCCAUGCCUCAUUCUUCCAGCGCCAAGUUGAGUCGUGGGGACAGCCUGAAGGAGCCAACCUCAAUUGCGGAGAGCAGCCGUCAUCCCAGCUACCGUUCAGAGCCGAGCCUGGAGCCAGAGAGCUUCCGUUCUCCCACCUUUGGCAAAAGCUUUCACUUUGAUCCACUGUCCAGUGGCUCUCGCUCCUCCAGCCUCAAGUCAGCCCAGGGCACAGGCUUUGAGCUGGGCCAGCUGCAGUCCAUCCGUUCAGAGGGCACAACCUCCACCUCCUAUAAGAGUUUGGCCAACCAGACACGUAAUGGAAGCCUAUCUUACGACAGUCUGCUCACUCCUUCAGACAGCCCUGAUUUUGAGUCCGUGCAGGCAGGGCCUGAGCCAGACCCACCUUUAGGCUACACCUCUCCCUUCCUGUCAGCCCGGCUGGCCCAGCAACGGGAAGCCGAGAGGCACCCACGUUUGGUGCCAACCGGCCCAACGCACCGAGAGCCCUCACCAGUCCGGUACGACAACCUGUCGCGCCAUAUUGUGGCCUCCCUCCAGGAACGAGAGAAGCUGCUACGCCAGUCACCCCCACUCCCAAGCCGCGAGGAAGAACCAGGCUUGGGGGACUCAGGCAUCCAGUCAACACCAGGCUCAGGCCAUGCCCCUCGUACUAGUUCCUCCUCAGAUGAUUCGAAGAGAUCACCCUUGGGCAAGACUCCACUGGGACGCCCAGCUGCCCCCCGUUUUGGCAAGCCAGAUGGGCUAAGGGGCCGGGGACUAGGGUCCCCUGAACCAGGCCCAACUGCCCCCUACGUGGGCCGAUCUAUGUCUUACAGCAGCCAAAAAGCCCCAUCUGGUGUCUCUGAGACAGAGGAAGUGGCCUUGCAGCCAUUACUGACACCCAAAGAUGAAGUACAGCUCAAGACCGCCUACAGCAAAACCAACGGGCAGCCCAAGAAUAUAGGCUCAGCCUCCCCUGGCCCAGGCCAGCCACCUCUCAGUAGCCCCACAAGGGGAGGAGUCAAGAAGGUGUCAGGGGUGGGUGGCACCACCUAUGAGAUUUCGGUGUGAGCCUUGGGCAGCUCCCCUCCCCCACACCUCUGCGCCUACACCAAAGGGCCCCAGGUGGCCACCUUCCUUUCCUCAAGGGGCUCCCCUCCCCUGCAUGGACAUUUUUUAAACAACCGAUUCCAAGAGGAUGAGGACAUUUUAUAAAAUGCAGUGGGGUUGGGGAGUUGGAGAGUUGGGGCCCUGAGACUGGGGUAGCAACCCCCUUCACCUUUUAAGACCUUUCCCUUCCUUAACCCCUGGACCAGACUCAGUGGACAUUUGUGCAAUUGCUCGCCCUGGAGGGAACCAGAUCAUUUUUAAACCAGAAAUAAUUUUUUUUAUUAUUGUUA